AUGAGGAAAAGAAAGGUUGUGGAAGGUCAAAAAUCUGGGUACACCUUCUGGCCCGAGAAGUGCGAUAAACCAUUUGUAGAAUGCAUUUUGGAGUGUGUUGAGAAGCGGCUCAUAGUGGAUGGCAUAUGUAAAAAUGGGGUAUAUGGUAUUCUUGAGAAGAUGAUGGAGGAACGACUUCCGGGCUGUGGAAUACGAGCAAAGCCUCAUAUAGAGGGGAGGUUCAAAAAGUGGAAGAAGAUAUGGCAUGCAAUGACACUUAUGAGAAAUCAAAGUGGAUGGGGGUGGGAUGAGGUUAAUAAGUGUGUCAUCUGUCCGGAUAAUGAAUGGGAUGCAUUUGAGCAGGUAAGCCUACAAUAUUAUUGUUUGAUUUAUGUCCAUCUUAUUAGUUCUUGA